UGUCUGGCAGAGCAAGUGAAAGAAGAGGACCUUGCGCUGGGUCGGGUAUUCCCACCUCUCAGCCAAAUCCGCCCCGUAUCACUAGCGAUAGCGCACAGAGUUGCGGAGUUUGCUUACGAGCAGGACACAGCCCACCUUAUUCCAAAACCUGAUAACUUGGAGGCCUACAUACAGGACCAAAUGUAUGUACCCCGGUACGACUCGGCGUUGCCCGACUUUUAUGAGUGGCCCGAGGACGCCGUCCACAAACCUCAUCAAUGA